AUUCUGCCUACCUUUCUGGAAGAGUAAAGAUUUUUUUCACCUUCCAUUGCUGAUGUGAGGUAAAACCAUUAUUCCUAUUAUAAAAAUGGCAGACUACCUUAACAUCUUUUUCAUCAUCCUUACAAUGUUUGUAUCGAUAGUGACUUCAAACCACUGUGAACCUUGCCAGUCCACAAAUAUCAUAGACCUGUCGGAUUGUAACAUCCACAGUCUAUCAGAGGCAAUAAACAAAUCGUGCACUUCAGCACGAAGUGCCCAAAUUCUGAAUUUGAACGGAAAUUUUAUAACAAACAUUUCAAGUGACGACUUUAAAAUGCAGGAUAACACUGGAUAUUUCUGGCAGCUCAGUGAACUUAAAAUAAGUAAUAAUUCAAUUUAUCAUGUCGACGAAAAUGCAUUCUUGACGUUGCUCGUUCUUGAGUAUUUAAAUCUCUCGUAUAACAAUAUGAAAGAGUUAAACAAUGGGAUUCUGAAAAAUAAACCUGCUUUAAGGACUGUUGAUUUCUCUUACAAUCAGAUAGAUAUUAUUGGGACACAAGUUUUUACUAAACAUCACUACGCUCUAAAAGAGGUUUACCUUACACAUAACAAACUUGUGUCCAUGGAACCAUGGCCAUAUAUACCACCAUACUUGUUGAAGUUUGAUGUAUCGUACAAUCUUAUCAUGAAUUUCACUAAUAAAAUGAACUGGACAUACGACUUGGAGGAACCUUACCAAGCAAGUGUAGAUCUUCGUCAUAAUCAGUUUACAUUUUGGAAUGAUGGCUUCUUUCAGCAAUAUAAUCCUACUGAUAAGGAAUUUUACAAUGAUAUUGUAACAUAUAACGUAGAUCUGCGAGAUAAUCCAUGGUUCUGCGACUGUAAGCUUCAUGAAGUUUCAAGGAGAUUACAGAAGUCCUUCAUUAAAUACUCAGAUUUAAGAUUUGAAGUUAAAUGCAAUGGUCCACCGGAACUGCAUGGAGAAUCUAUUGCCGAUGUUGAUUUGAGCGAUUUGAUUUGUAAUGUCACUAAAGACUGCCCACAAAAUUGUUUAUGUCAGGACAAGCCAGAUGACAAUAUGUUUCAUGUCAAUUGUAAUAAUGGAGGCCAUACAAGUUUACCAAGUCAAUUACCGGAAAACAGAUACAAAAGACUUAAAUUGGAAAUGAAUAAUAAUCAAAUCAAGACAUUAUCUAGUAGAAAUUAUACAUCUUACAUCACCGAACUCUCAAUGUCCGGAAAUGGACUUCAGGAGGUCGAAUUUGAAGCAAUAGAAAAUAUGGAGGCCCACGUACGUUUGAACCUGGAAAAUAAUAAUUUGCAAAGUAUUCCAGAGAAUAUUCAAUUUAAAACUCCAUAUGAAAAAACAAAAUUAAGAAUCAAUCCUUUCAAAUGUACUUGUGACAUGGUUUGGAUGGCAGAAUGGAUUAAUUUUGCCCCCGAAGACAACACAAAUCGUGAUAUACAAUGUACUCAUGAAAAGGACGACGUUUAUAAGAUUCGUGAAGUAACAGAAAGUUUGCUUAACUGCACGUAUGAUGUUGCUAUAGGACUGACAAUCGGCUUUGCAAUUUUACUUACACUCGUCAUUGUAGCUGUUGUAUGGGCCAAACGGUGCCCUUACGAAACCAAAGUUAUCCUAUACAGGAUUUUUCGAUAUCAUCCGUGGGACAAAUACCGCGUGGACAGAGAAUUAGUCGCAGAAUACGACGCGUAUUUAUCGUUUGAUGACACAAAUAUUUAUAUACGCCAGUGGGUGCUUCGAAAAUUUGUGAAACGACUUGAAGAAGAAAAACCCUGCUAUAAGUUCUUUGUGCCCAUCAGAAACCUGAUUCCCGGGGAAGACAAAGCAGAUGGCAUCAUAAACAAUAUGGAGAAAAGCAAAAGAGUUAUUAUCAUCCUCUCAAACGAAUAUGACGAAAAUGAGUGGUGCAAAUUCGAGUGUCAGAGGGCCGAAAUUUUAGAAAUGAAUAAAGGACGAAUUAUCUUUAUAAAAUAUCACCCUGAAGCCGAUAAUAUGAUAGAAAACGAACCGUGGAAGUCUCGAGUGAAAGGUCGGAAGGUGUUUUCCCCGGGGGAGAAGAAAAGUGAGCGCAGAUGGUUCUGGGGAAAAAUUAAAUAUGAGUUACCUACUAAAUAAAUGAGAUUUUUUACGGUUCUUGUAACGUAUGCCAGUGCUUGAACCUGCAAUAUCAACACUUUACUCUCAAUUGAUGCAAACACUAUUAUAAUAUGUCUAUUGUAUGACAAUAGAUAUAUGCAUCAUACAUAACGCUUACUCAUAUAUUGCAUUAAGUUCGAGGAAUUGCCUGUUAUCAUUCACUCGAAUUUUAUAUGACUGUUAAGACAAUCUUUAUCAGCUAAAAACAAUAUUGUAUUAAAGAAUGUCAUGCAUACAUGUAGGCUCAUUAUAGAAAAUUAUUCUCAAUCCAUUGUGCUUGAGGAUCUUUACCAUUUGAAUUUCUUUGGUGUAUAAGGUGAUUAGACCCAAUUACAAAUAUAGAAAUUAAUAGAAAUGUUGAUUCUAGAACUGGAUGUCUUUUAUUCAUGGACAGAUAAAAUUGAUAAAAUGCCAGGAAUAAUUUUAUUAUUACUUUAUAUUUUUUUGCUUCAAUUCAGUUGCCGAGGAUCGAAAUAAACAAUAUUGCAGGAAUCAAAGAUUUUUUCGAGCAACAAAACAAGAACACUUUGCAUUUGGUUUUAAGGUUCAAUGACCCUCUAAUAAAAGAGAUCUCACUGGUAAUUACAUGUAUGACAUAUUCCCCUUCCCAACAAAAAUGGUUAAAAAGAGAUUUUUUUUAUUUUUAUAGCAAGAUUCUUUAAAGUCAUUAACAU